UCGUCUGUCGGCAACUAGUUAUGAAAAUAAGAUACAAAAUUUAGACCAACCAUAAGCACCUUUCCAGAAUUAAUGAAUGAAUGACGUCAUGUCAUCUACCAGACAUAUUUGUCAUUGUUAGUAAUAAUAUCAUAGGAAAUUAUACAUUUACCAGUGAAAAUGCGGACUGUAAACGGUCAAUCAGUGUUCAUAUUGUUCGUUGUACUUACAAAGGCACUUGCAGCUAAUAUUGAUAAUGAUAUACCUGCAUCAAAAUUUGUUCCAUCUGUUGCAUUUAAAUGUGGAAGACCAGCAAUGCACAAAACAAGCACAGGGUGGCAGAAGGAUAUCAAUACAGACUGUAAAGAGGAUAAACUAGAUAUUCUUAAAUACUGUCAAAGUGUGUUCAAAAAUUUUUCUAUAACUAACAUUGUUGAAGAUCAUGAAGUUACAAUUAAUUGGCCAGACAAAUUUGGGAAAACUGAGGAAAUAGCAGUUACACCCUACAGAUGUAUAGUGGGACGUUUCGAGAGCGAUGCUUUAUUGGUACCUAGACACUGUAAAUUUGAACAUGAACAUGGCUUACCUGUAGUAUGUGAAGGCUAUCAAUAUUGGGCAGAUGUAGCAGACAAGAAAUGCAAGGCACAAAAUAUGAAGAGAAAUGAUUUUGCAAUGCUACUUGACUGUGAUAUUGGCAAGUUCAAUGGAGUUGAAUAUGUUUGCUGCCCCGAUGAACAAGCUGAAAAACCACUGGAUGUGCCAGUAGAAUUGACUCCAGUAAAGACGAAGCCACAAGAAAUACUUCUUGGUGGAGAUGACAACAAAGAAGAUGCUUACAUUGCAUACCUCAGAGCUGAUGACUCUUUCCUAAGUAAAUAUGACAAUGAACAUGACAAAUUUCUAGCUGCAGAAAGUGCAAUGGAUUCUCACCACCAUGAACGAAUUACAAAGAUGAUGAAAGAAUGGCAAGAAGCAAGAACCAAUGUAAACAAAUUAAAGGAGUCAAAUCCAAAGGGUGCUGAAAAACUCAACAAAGAUAUUAUGCAGAGAUUUCAGAGGUUGUACAGUGGAUAUGAGCAAGCUGACCAAGCUGAAAAGAAACAGUUAGUGGCCCUGCAUAUGCAACACAGACAAGCUGAAUUGAAUAAGAGAAAACGCAUAAACUUGGAAAAGUAUAUGGCAGAAUUACAGAAACAACCCCCAAAGGUUCACAAAGUGAAAAAAUUCUUAGAAGCUUAUAUCAGAGUAGAAGAAAAAGAUCGUAUGCACACACUGAACCAUUUUACCCAUGUGAGACGCAGUGAUCCAGCUGAGGCCAAGCACAUGCAAAAAGACACAUCUGAACAUUUGAAAGUCAUUGAUGAGAGAAUAAAACAGAGUCUUGAUAUGUUGCAUCAUUACAAGAAAAUAGAAAAAGAAAUCCUUCCUGACAUAAAAGAUUUCCUGUCACACUACAAGUCCUUAUCUGAGAGUGCUCUACAUGUAAUAAUGAGACCAUUCACACAAGAAGAAUUAAGAAAAUCAAAAACAGAUGAUGGCUUUGAUAAUUCAGAGUCUUGGGAUAAUGAAAAGAUUCAAAUUCCUCUGAACAACAAACAAGAAGUGAUAAUUGAUAAACAGCUGGAAGAAUCUCAGGAUGAUAAUCAAGAAGAUAUGGAAAAUGAACAUCAGGGUUUUGCUGCUCAGCAUCUCAGUGAUCAACAAAAUGUCAAGCAUCAGGGUUUUGUUAACAAUCCAGUACAUCAUAUUGUCAAUUCAACAGGAAGUGUUUUCGGUAUUGCAAUUGGCAGUGUUGCUGUUUUUGUGAUUAUUGUUGUGGCUGUGAUCAUGCUGAGAAGAAAUAAAUCACAUCGACAUCCUGUUACUCAUGGUUUUGUUGAGGUAGACCCAGCAGCAUCACCCGAAGAAAGACAUGUAGCAAACAUGCAAAUGAAUGGCUAUGAGAAUCCAACUUAUAAAUACUUUGAACUAAGUGGAGUAAAAAAAUGCUAAAGAAUGUAAUGAAACAUUAUUCAAUGAACCAUCUUUUCCAGGGAUGAAAUAUUUAAAAUGAUUAGCUUGAAAAUUCCAAUUUAUUAAGAACUGGAGCAUAUGCAUACAGCUGAAAAUUUGAUUUUUUUUUGUCCUUUAUUAUAAAGAUUUUAUGCUCUGUCUUUGGUGUCAAUUCAACCAUAUUGCCUAUUUUACAUACUUAUUUUUAUGAUAUUUACUUUUAUUUUACUGCAGUAUAUUUUAAUUCUCUUUAUUUUUUGCAUAUGAUAAAAUAUCCACUCAUUCCUGAAUUAAAAAGUUUAAACUUUUAUAAUUGAUUUGACUCAAUGCUUUGUAUAUUUUAAAACAGUUUUUGGACAAUUAUUUUGUCAGUUUUUAUAGGGGGUAGGGUUAAAGGAUGAUAAUUAAUUUGUUUCCAAAAGCAACUGGUCUAUAUAGGAAAAAAAUUAUAAUUUGGGGAUCUGAAAAAAUGACUCCUACUUUAGAAAAAAAAAAAUGUUAAAAAGUUUGGUAAAAAGACCAAUCGUUUUUUUAUAGAGUGUUUUCUUAUUCUUAUAAAUGAACUUUAAAUGUACAUUGCUUUUUAAAGCCUGUAGUUCAACAGUUUAAACUGUUAAAGAGUUGCAUAUUGGUCAAUAAAAUGUAUUAGAAUUUUAAACAUCAUUUUGGAUAAGGAAAGUUGUAAUGCAUUCAUCAAUCAAUGUUUCCUGUUAGAUCUGUAAACUUAAUAUUCUUAUGUUUUAUAUGCAAUUGAUAGAUGUUGGUCAAGAAUUGAAUCAGAAAAUGAAAAAAUAAGUAGCAUCAAAUAUUGAGUGAAUUAAAGAUUGUCUUUAACUGCACUCUCCAAAUCCAAAUUCUAGGAGAUAAGUAAUAUGUUAUCUUGUUGAAGCAUAUAAGCAUUGCCAGUACUGGAUUUGUAAACAAUAAGUUGAUAUUUUUUUCUGAUAUACUGAACAAAGUCAUUACCAAAAAAAACCAUUUUCAACAUUUGCACCAUUCCAUUGUUUUAUAUACUAGCUUUAUAUAUCUCAGUUUGUAGUCGGACAUUGUAUCAAAUAACAUAAACUAUUUCGCCAUCAAUUGUAGCAAUAUUUUUCGAUGUACUAUUUGUAUUUACCAACAUUUUGAUGAUGUUAUUACACCAGAUUAUGGUUGAUCUAGAGCAUUUCCAUUUUAUACUUAACAAGCAGAAGAGUUAUUGUAUGUAAGGCUAUGCUUGUCAGUUAUAUAUAUGCUGCUGGUGUUUAUCAAUUGUAAAUGACACAGUUGAUAAUCCAACAAGCAUACUUUCAUUAUGUCCUAGUACAGCUUUAAUUUACGGUAAGUAUAUAAAUUACAUGAUUGAGAAAAAACACACAAUAUCAUGUUUUAUGCAAAUGAUUAAGUUAUCAUAGCAUGUUUAUAUUAGUAAUGCUACAACCAGAUUAUGGAUACUACUUGAAAAUUGUCAGACUGCAAACUGGAUUUAUUACAUUGUAAAUAGAUCAUGUACAUUUUAUACUACUUGUAAGUGUAUUUGAAUGUUAGUUAAUUGUAAUUUAUCUGUCAUGAUAACAAUUUCCUGAAGUUAAUUUUUUUGAAUUGUUUUUUUAACCUGUUAUAUAUAAUCUUAGUUAUUUGACACAUCAUCUGUAAAUUGUUAUUUUGAUUUUGUAAUUGCCAAUAAUGAGGAAAUUUCAAAUGUCAAAACUAUCUUUUUGUAAUGGUUUUAACCCUCUGAACUAUAUCUAGAAAUUAGAAUAGAACCAUGCAGUUUGAAUAUAAUGCAUUAUGUAAAAUUGACUAAACAUGAAAUAGUGUUUUAAAUAGGAGUUGUAAACAGGAUUUGUUACACACAUUUUAGCAAAUGUGUAGGGUUUAAAUAUUUUUUUAUAUAAACUUUUGAAGUUAUAUGAAAAAAAUUAAUUAUGAAUCUCGUUACAACCAAAAGCUUUAUGCAUAUUUUGAGAGAAAAAAAACACUAGCGUCAUUCAUCUUGUUAAGUAAACCAGGACAAAUUGUAUGUUGCUAGUGCAUUUAAAAUCUAUCUGUGCUUUCUACUCUAUCUAUUCCAUCUUUGAUUAGCCUUUACUAUUUUCAAAAAAGGAUAAAUAUAUAUAUACUGGUAGAAUAUAAUUUUUCAUAAAAAAUAUAGACAUAAUUAUAUAUAUAUAUAUAUAUAUAUUUAGUACAUUAUUGUUAAUAUAUAAUAUCUUUCAGUAAUCAUGUAAAGUUAAGAGUGUUGCUAAUUCAAAAAGAAAUAAGACUCAGAAUAUUAAAGGUAAUAUAAGGUGGAGUAGAAUGGUUUUGACCUACAUUAUUGUUGUUGUCAAGCUGUAGACAAAAACAUUGUCAAUGCCAUUACUUUUGUUAUGUUAAUGGAUCCUCGAAAUCUAAAUUCUUGAUAAAUUACCUUAAGGCACCAGCACUAUUUUUCAUAAGUGCAACAUGCAUUGACUUUUAUCAAAUUUUGAUUGAUUUAUUUAUUGCAUUCUUACUGUUACCAAGAUUAAAUGGAUUGAUUAUACAAAUGUUUUUGAAUCCAGAUUUUUCUUUUUUUCUUUGAAUUUAUCUGAAAACACUAAUUGGCUUUUUAAUUAGAAAAUUGUGAAAGCCAAAAGGGCAUUAGACAGAAUUUUAUACCAGAGCAAGGCACAAUUCUGUUCAUAAAUAUAUGCUUGUUGAACUUUCCAAUGAAAACAAUUGGCCCAUUUCAUCAUGCUGUGUCUGUUGUCUUUUUCUAAAUUUUAGGAGAGAAGGUUGGAUACUAGUCUUUCAAUUAUGUGAAAUACAAUUUAUACAUUAAUGUUAACUGCUUUUAAAUAUACUGUUUGUAAUAUGAUUUUUUUUAAAUUCAAAAGCUUGUGAUAAUAUUUGUUUUUUUGUUGUAUUUUCUUCAUUAUACAUACAGAUCAAUUCUCAUAAUGAGCAUACAAGCAAUAAUUCUUAAAGCAUUUCUCCCAAUUGGUAAAAUAUGCAUUAUUUUAAUUCUUGUAUGAAUAAGACUUAAAGAAAAUUUUCAUAUUACUUUCCUUUAUGUUUGAAACUGUAGAGCUUUCUGCCAUUUUCACAAAUAUUUGCAAACUUGCACAGCUUAAUUCAACUUUUCUUAGUUUUACUUCUGAUCAUUCUUUUUUCAUAGAUGAAAUUUUUUAUCAAACUGAAGAUAUCAAUUUAGAUAUAGGAGGAUAACUCUUUCAUUUGAUUAACAUUGCAGAAAUGAUUAAAAUAAUUUUGGUUGUGAAUUAUAUUUAAGAUUCAAUGAUUUGUUCUGGUUGUGUCACAUUGAACUGUUCUCAUUUUCAUUUUCCUACCUAUUUUUUGCUACAAACGUCUUGUACUCUCUAUGGAAGAAAAUUGGAUAUGAGAAUACAAUUUAUUUAAUCUUUACUUUGAUAUUAACAAAUGUUUUUUUUUUAUCCUAAGUGUAUAUCAACUGUUUUAGCUUAAUCAUAUUCAUGAUGUUGUGUAAUGAGUGUACAAGUAAAUUAUGGAGUAUCAGUACCUAUAAAUACUGCUGUUCCAUAAUCUGUUAGUUAAGGAGCCUUUUUAUGAGGGUCUUGGCCUCAACUAACACGGACAACUAUAGUUAAAUGAUACAAAGUUAAAUGAUACAAUCAUUUAUUCAAUAAAUAAGUAUAACUUUCCUUUCUGAAAUUGUAAAAAAAUACAUAUUCUGUUCAAAAAGGUAAUUAUUAGAAGAAUUAUUUGUGUAAGAAAAUUGUUUAUUAGAUACAACAGUUACAUGUACUCAUACAAUGAAGCUUUGGUUGUAUAAUAAUAAUUUGUGUUCAUCUAAUUUCAUAACUCAUUUUAAACCUGUUGUCUGAGCAGAGCAGUAGGUUUGCUAUUGAAACAUUUUAUCUUCAAUACUACAUUUUAUUUGAGACCUUAAUGUGAUUUAUUAUUAUUUAAUUUAAGAUGGGUGUUUUUUUCUGAAGUCAAAGCUAUAAAUUACGAAUGAAAAAAAAACUUGUAGUAAUAAAACCAACCUCAAUGAAGAUUUAUUAGGACUUAAUAGAAAUUUUAAAUUUUUCAUUUUGGAAAAAAAUAUGCCCAGUUCAAAAGAACACAAAAAGCAAAAAUUUUGGAAUGUUGAAUUCAAAUAUUUCUAAAGUGAUCAUCUAUUUAAGCUCAAAUAAUUGUUUUUUUUAAAUUAAAAAAAUCCUUAUAUAAUUAAGUUAUGACAUUUGAAGCACAAACCAAUGGGAUCCUUUCACAAAAUAUCUUAUGAAAAAAAUGCAUUGUUAAAUUAUACAGUAAUGAUCCAGACUUACCAGUAUUUUUUCUCUUGAAGAUUUUUUGAUGAAAUGAGUUGCAGAUGUGUAACUCCUUGGUACCUAUAAAGGUACCUUAUUAAAAAAGUCUAUUGAUAAGUGUUAUUAUUUUGUAGUCAUUGACACUUUGAACUUUGUAAUCUGCUUUUAACAUUUUGUGUUCACAUUCCUUAGUGGCCAGUUUAGUUCUACAAAAUAAAUGUUCAUAUAAUUGUUUUAAUAAUAAAACUUGUACACUCA